AUGUGGUGUGUUUUGGUUUAGGUGUUGGAUGAGUUGAAGCAAAACGAGCUGGGAAACUCUGAAAAAGAGGAGAAGAUUCAGGUGAAGAAGAAAACAAUUGAUCUUUUGCCAGAUGCCAACAGCAACCUGCUGAAGCUUCAGGCUUUGGUGGAGGCUAGUGCCAAGCGGAUAGUGAACCUGGCCUCUCAGUGGGAGAAACACCGUGCUCCACUCAUUGAUGAACUUCGUAGACUCAAAGAAAUCUGCAGCAACCAAGAUCUGGAGUCCUCCAGAAAGCUGUCUGAAAUCAAAACAUUACAUGACAGAAUUCGUGUGUCUACAGAGGAGGCCAAGAAGAAGGAAGAAAUAUACAAACAACUAGUAACAGAUUUAGAAAAUCUUCCUCAGGACCUGUCUCGGUCAGCAUACACUCAGAGGAUUCUAGAGAUUGUUAGCAACAUCAAGAAGCAAAAGGAGGAAAUUAAAAAGAUUUUGUCAGAUACAAAGGAGCUUCAGAAAGAGAUCAACAACCUUACAGGAAAGCUGGACAGGACUUUCGCUGUUACUGAUGAGCUAGUCUUCAAGGAUGCCAAGAAAGAUGAAUCUGUCCGUAAAUCCUACAAGUACCUGGCUGCCCUGCAUGAAAACUGUAAUCAGUUGAUCCAAACCAUUGAGGACACGGGUACAAUCUUGAGAGAGAUUCGAGACCUAGAGGAGCAGAUUGAGACAGAAAAUGGUAACAAAACUGUGGCUAACUUGGAGAGGAUUAUGGACGACUACAAAGCUAUUCGACAGGAGAACUCUGCACUUGCUGCCAAAGUCAGAGACUGCUGAAGAAAGCCCUGGUUUGUGGUAAGAAAUUUUAGCCAAGGACAGACCUGAAUGGGACUGAUGGAGCAGUCCAGUUUUCUCACUGAAGACACUGCUCAUUAACACCACCCUGUAUUGCCAUUGGAGACUUGCUUUUCUUAAGAAGGGCAAGCUGAUUUUUGCACCAUGAAACUAAAGUUACAUUUUAAUAGACAACUUGUGGAUGGAUGUGGAUUACAAUUUUUUUUUUCUUAUUUCAAAAUUCUGUGGCUAGACAUGCUCUCUGCGGGCCCAUGCACUGGUUUGAUUGCCCUGUAACCAAAUGAAAAAUAACACUGCACCAGAGGGUGCUGUCAGAUCUUUUCUCUUGAAAUGAAACGAUCUAUAAAUGAAACUCAAUUAUAUAGAUAUUUGAAUUGUUUUUGUAAGAUAUCUUGAUUUAUAUCAAAACUUUGACUUUAAAUUUUUAAUACAGAAUUUAUUUCACCAUCCUCAGUCAUAAGCAGUUCCUUUGUUGUUGUGUUAUUUGAACUGAAUAUGUUGAGUAAAUGGGAUCUGAAUGCCGAAACAGCAAAGUAUUGUUGUGUAUAUAUAGUACCAGCUUGAAUAAAGAUGCCUUACAAACUUGA